AAAGAAAAAGAAAACAGACAGAGUUCGCGUCUUCUCUUGUAUUUUGCUUAUAAAAUAUUAGAAAUAAGAAAUCAAAACGAGUCCCUUCUCCUCUCUCUAUCUCUCCAUCUCUUUCUCUCUCUCAGAAAUUUCUGUGGGAGAUCUCUCAAAAUCGUGAAAUAGGAAAUAUAUUGAAAAACUUAUCAAUUGCUAAUACUCCAGCUCUCGAUUUUGUUAAUGUUCACAAGGGAUAAUUUGAGCUAUGGGACAAAGGAACAUGCUAUGCGCUAGUCAGAUGAUUGAUCUAGAAAUGGAUCGGCAAGGCCAGGGUUAUCUACAUCCUGAGCCAUGCAUUCUUUUGGGAGGCAUUACAAACUUCCAACAAUCUGAUAUGACGACAAUGGUUACAGGUGCAGGGAAUACAACUACUCUUGAUGCUCAUCAUCUACCAGAGCAUUAUGAUAGUGCUGUAUUUUAUGGAAUGCCACAAUACCAUGGCAUGCAACAUUAUCCUCCGCAUCAUGCCCCUAAUAUAGAUCUGCAAGUUGCUACUGCAUCGAACUUCUAUGUUCCGUAUUUGGCUCCAUCUUCUGGCAUUCCUUUAAGUCAUGGGUCAUGUGAUCAUUUAUCAUCUUCCUCCAGUUAUGGUGUCAUUGGAGUUUCUCCGGAUGAGUAUGGAGCAAAUAGCCACUUCAUGGAUAACGCCAGAGGUUCAUACAAGAGAAAAACUGCUGAAGGUAGCUCAGGGAAUUUCCAGUAUUUCAAUCCCUCAGCAAGCUCCAGUUCUUCAGUAACCCCUUUAAAUACAAGACAUCCUGAUGGGGUUGCUAUGAUGGAUGCUGCAUCUUUCACGCCACAGUAUAGAGGGAAUAGUGCUCCAUCAAUCAGGGAAGUGGGAUCUCAUAGAAGUGUGAGGAACAGAUUAGGUGCCACUGGGAUUGAUCCUGGUUUGGGGCAUAACCAAAAUCAUUUUAUUCAAGGAAACUACAUGGCUCAGCCAUUUCCGCCAGCUGGUUCUCUAUGGUUGGAUCAACAGUUAAGCAAUAAUUCUAGUGAUGCAGGAGCUUCUUCUUGGACCCAGAAUCCCACUAUUACUUACAUGCAUGCAAGCAAUGUUACUGGGGGUUCUAUUGAUACUGGGAGCAUGGGUCUACAGCGAUACCAUGAGCUAUCUACCAACAGAAGUAACACAAGUUUCUUGCACCCAUCACCUGCCAACCUCCGCCACCAUAAUUUUCAUCAUUUGUCACCUCCUAUUCAAGGAAUGAGAGGCCACAAUUUUAAUGUUAUUCCUCAGUUACCAGCCGCUUCAUUUAGAUGUCCUACAAGCUAUGCCUCACAGAGCAAUGUGAAUCCAUCUCAAGAUGGUUUGGAUAUAGGAGUUAGGCAUCCAGGUUCCAUGCAGCCAACUGGCCUUAGGAUGUACAGACCUCAUCGUGAGGGAGUCGUGGCUGAGACAGCUCUGAGACAUCGCAAUCUUCCUCAUUUGCGAGUCCUCCCAACUGAUGGGGUAGCUGUACUAGAGUUCCCCGACUAUUAUGAAGUAGAAAAUUAUGUUGACCAUCACAGUGAUAUGCGCUUGGAUAUAGAGGACAUGUCUUAUGAGGAACUUCUUGCACUUGGGGAGCGGAUUGGAAAUGUGAACACAGGAUUAUCAGAGGAAAUAAUCAGAAAUCGAUUAAAGACACGAACGUAUUUAUCAUCACCAAUGUCGAUUAAUUUAGAAGAGACAGCUUGUAUGGAUCAAGAACCUGAUUCUUGCAUUAUAUGCCAGGAUGAUUAUAAGAGUCAAGAGAAGAUAGGAAUGCUUGAUUGUGGACACGAGUACCAUGCGGAUUGCUUGAUGAGGUGGCUGCGCUUGAAGAAUGUCUGCCCUAUCUGCAAAUCAGAAGCAUUGACAGCAGAAAGGAAACAUGCAUAAGUUCAGUAAUGUCACCCAAAGGAAACAAUUAUAUAUAUUUUGGAUGGUCAUUCGAAGCAGCGCUGCUAUUUGUUCCUUCUGCUAAUUAUUUAUCGUAACGAGGUUGGUAUUUUGGUAUGUAUUUUGUACAUGCACUUGCAAAUAUACAACUAAACUAACAGUCACACUGUCUAAAUCUUUUAUUUGUUGGUCAUGUAUUUAUCAAAACUUGUACAGACUUACUCAUUAUGCAUUUGCAUGCAUGCUUGUAUUAUUAACUCUCAGUUAAUAUGCCAUUUUCAGGAGAUCCGUUUAUUUUUA